UGUACAUUUUGAGGUGAGCACCGCGUGUGGCCCCCCUCUCUUUUCAGAGUGAGAACAAUUAACCAGUAAUACAUAGCUCAUCUGAUUUCGUGUUGUUGUGCUAACAACUUAACUACGUGAUCUAUAUAUCAGUGUAUGAGUAGAUGGCAAAAUACUAGGCUGAGUCGAGCUUAUCUCUGAUGUAACUGUUGUCAUCCGAUACAUUUAUUAUUAUACUGUACCCGGCGUAUCGCACUCUCUCUCUCACUCUCUCUCCCUCACUCUUUGCUUGUGCUGUUUGUAAUUGUUUGACAUGUCACAAAGUGCUGGUAAACGUACUCGUAGAUCGUCUCAGAGUUGCUCACUGUUUUGCUUGCAGAUUCGAGCGCUGCUCCGCCCCGUGGACCCAGACAACUGCAGUACUUCAUCCCGAUCCCGCAGCACCAGCGAAGACAGCGUCGACUUACGGACUCGAAAUCAUCAGCUAACGCCCAACGGAAUCGUUGUUAUUGAUCCGCUGUUGUGUUCCAAAAAUUUAACUCAGAUUAAUGACAAUAAUGGGACGGUUACUAAUAAUGACUGCACUGAUAAGACUCGAAAUGAGCGGUCGGUGUGCGAAACUGUUGCGGAGGUCACUGAAAAUGUGACGGUCAGUGAAGUGGCAGAUCGAGAUUCAGCGGACAAAACGAACACUAACGCUAAUAAUAUCGAUCAUUCUAAUUCAAACGGGGAACUUUCAUCUACUGAAAAUCACGUGAUUCUCGAAAAUGGGGACAUCAGAAAUGGGCAUCAUCUAAACGGUGUUGUCAACGCAAACCACACAAUCGACGGGGACCUGGGGAAACCAGAAAGCGAUAAGGAAAUCAGUUGUGGGUCUGACCUGCCAUUGUUAGACAACGAUAAGGAAAAUAAUUCUUAUCUGGAAAACGGCAACUGUGACAGUUCAAUCGACGAGGAGAUAGCUAAUAACAGUAUCUACCUCAAAAUGGUGAAUGAUGAGGCAGAAGUAUUGGCGAAGGAACGUGAAUAUUUUGUUACUCUAAUUGAGGAAGCUACUGCUGCAUCUGAAGAAGCUGGUGGACGAGUGAUGGCGAGUUGCGGCAAAGCUAACUUACUGCUAACUUCCAAGUUUAAACAGUACAGAGGGCUCUGUGCUGAGUUCGAGAGUACCAGCAGAAAGAUGACAGCUGAUGAUAUGCAGGGUUUCUGGGAGCUCAUCCUUCUUCAGGUUGAAGACGUCAACAAGAUGUUUACUGCGCUGAGAAGUCUCAAGGAAAACAACUGGGUCAUCCCCAAAUCACCGAUGCCUAAAAAGAAAGGAGCCGGCACGCCACGAACACCAGCAGCCAAUAAGAAGAAGCCCCGGGAAAAGUCGGCUGCCCAAAAAGCGAGGGAUGAAGAACGUAGGAAGAUGUUACUCGCGAAGAAACUUGAGAUGAAGAAGAAGAUGCAAGAGAAUGGGAACGUGCCAGAGGUUAUCAUUACCUAAGGAAGUGUGUGGUCGACCUAGCCUGGAUCAGGGUAAACGGGCUGGGGUGACAGAGACACAGGUCAGAUGUUAGAAGCUGGGUUUAGGAUAGCGGGAUCACGUGAUAGUAGAUGGGAACACGUGAUAGUAGAUGGGAUCACGUGAUAGUAGAUGGGAUCACGUGAUAGUAGAUGGGAUCACGUGAUAGUAGAUGGGAUCACGUGGUCGCUAUUAAGAGACGGUCUGGUUGGUGUGAUGACCCGUUAAUAGGAAUAAUAGGAUCUGGAUAUUUGUGUAAUUGUUGUUUCCUUGUCCGCUGCUGAUUGUGUUCCACGACCUGGACAAGCCAAAAGGCGAAAGGUUCCCGCAAGUUAAACUGCUCCACGAAUAUGUCUUCCUUAGACAAGCAGAUCCUAUUACGAGUUUCUGAAUGAUAAUUAAUUGAGUUCUAGUCUAAAGUGUUGAAUUGAGAGUACCAAUACAAGUUGAUCGAUUUUCUGGUCACAUUUUUUUGAUUGAAAACUGAUAAUUUGUAGUGUAAUUAGCACUCCGUGCAACAAUUGUUUGAUUUGAAGGUAAGAAUUUAAGUUGAUGAGUGGUUUAGGCCAGUUAAAGAUGAGAUUGGAUUAUGCGUAUAUCUGUAAAUAUGCUAUUUGAUUACUAAAAUUCUAAACGUUUUUCCUUUUAUUUUUUGAAAAAGCGAGUGAUUUUGUGGUCAUUUAUUGUUGUAGUUAAAUUUUAUAAAAAUCAAGAAAAAAUAAUUGCUCAGUGUAGUUUUAUUGUAGAAGUGUUAUUCUUGCACAGUGCGGUAGUUUUCAAAAGGAUUGCAUUAUGGUGAACAAUUAUUGACAAGCAACGCAGCCUAAGGUCAUCAUUAUAGCAUAGUCGAGAUGAGGGAUCGUUCACAUAUUACUUGAGGUCCCCCACGGAAUUUCCUCCAGAAUCAUUGGUUCAUUUUAACCUGACGUGAAAUUGGAAGAUAACUCCCUGCUCCUGUCAGCAAUCAUUCAUUUCUAGUAACGCUCUCCCCCUAAAUAUGUCACAUAAAUGUGAACGACCCCUUUACCCUUAAAGUCAUGUAGAAAUCUGCCUCUUUGACGAAUGAAUGUUAAUAUAGAUGGUGUAGUUCAUCUAAUUUUCAAAAACAGAGCUUUUAAUAAAAAUGAGUAUUUACUAUUUUCCAUUUGGGCAAUUUUAGAAGUAAAUAGAUGCAUUUACAAAGAGGCAUGUUAGUAGAAGGAGAAUUUAAAGGUCGUUACCAUGUUCAGGGUUUUUACGUUUAGUAGGGUAUGUGAUGUUUAUUGUAUUUUUAAGUGCAAUAUUAUAUUUACUGCAUAAUGUGGGAUGACCAUAUUUUGAAAACUAAGUUUUUUUGGUUGAAGAGAAUAUUCAAGUCAAUUUUUAAAAUGAGUUCUCAAUUUGGUUAUUUGUACGUUUUGAUUGGUUUACCGCUUUCGUAUGAAAAACAUCCACGUUUAUUACACUAAGUCGAUAACUUUUAAUUUUGUUUAACUAUUUGUUUGCAUGUCAAUGUGUAAAUCUACUACAAUAAACUAUCUUGUCUUUUUUUGUCGUUGAAAGAUCGCCUAGAAAAUUUGAGAACGAAUGACUAUGCUAUGAUUAUCACUACAUUCGAAUGCUUACUUUGUUUG